AUGUCCGUCGCAAUGCACGCCUUCAGAAAAGCACAGUUUGGCGACCGAACAUAUUCAUCCCUUCAAUCACUCCUCGAUGACCCCGCACAGAUCUUCAUGCCGUCCAACACGGUUGAGCGUCCUGUUGGUGGGGAUCUCGAGAUAUUGUCGGCCUCGCGGUACCCCCAGGGACUCAUGCAGCCUUACGAGGACAUGGAACAGAAUCCACGCAAGCGGAAGGCGACAACGUCGUCGAACCAUCUCUACGGAGGCAUUGUCUUGACUGGUGCCCCAAGUGAGAGUAACCUUUCAUCUUCUGGAGAACAGGACCAACCGUCAAUCCAAAAGAAGCCAAAGUCGACUAAGCGUUCCUCUGCCAAUGACGGAGACGACCAAGGGACCGAAAAGAAGCAAAGGGGCCGACCUAGACUCGACACGCACGAUGAAACGGCAGCCGAUCGUCGGCGGACGCAGAUUCGGCUGGCGCAAAGAGCAUACCGUCAUCGCAAGGAAACCACCAUCUCGGCACUGAAGCAAAAGGUCACUGAUCUCCAAACCACCAUUGAGCACAUGAACAAGACCUUUCUGACCUUACAUGACAACAUGGUCGACGCCGGGAUCUUGACCUCGCACUACUCGCUAGGUCGACAGCUUCAGUCAGCCACCGAAGAGUUCGUCGCACUGUCCAAGAGAGCCUCACCUGAAUCAGACGACGAAGAGGAGGCCAUUGCGAAAAUCACCAGAGGCAGCGAUGGGAAACCAUCCUCCGAACCAGGUGAGCGCAACAGACGAUCUAGUGCCCAGCUGGACGCAAAGACCUCGUCACGGCCAGCAGCAACCAAGACUGAUAAUGUACGUCGGGCGAUUAGUUUUGACCAGACCUCUACCGACGCAGAAGCAGAUGUGGAAGAGUUACCUUUGAUAGGCAAAGAAGACAACUCGUUGCUCGCGCUCUCAGAGACGGCGUGGUCAACGGACAAUUCUAAUCUCCACGGCCUGAACGAUUUCCUGUCCUUCAACACCGCCAUUCCCGAUGUCGUCCUGUUCGACGACCCCAAUGAGAAACUCGUCAUUGAACGCCCUCUCAAGCCCGCUCAUCAGCCCGAGGGCUCCUACACGUACAGCUUCCAAGAGACGACCUUUGCACGCCGCUUACACCGAAUGUGUCUCGAACGCGCUUUCCGCAACCUCACCAACCCGCAUGUUGACCCGGAAUACAUUAAGCGGGCCUUCCGAUUCACAUUCUGCUUCUCAAACCGCAAACGGAUGCUGCAACGAUUCCAAGAAAUGCUCAAGCGCAAAGCCGGCGAGUCUUUGGAGAACUGGAACGUGCCUUUUUUCCACAUUGGCGGAGCUGGGACGCAUUUUCCUCGCCGUGACGAGGAAGGAAACCCCAUUUACCCGCCUAAUAUGAUCAAUCCCGCAAGAGCAUUCGGCCCCCAGCCGUACGUCCAGGCCGAGACUCCACGAAUGGAGACGUCGGUGCAGGAGAUGCUCGAGAACAUCGGCUUCGGCGGGGUUUGGUUCGACAGUCACGACGUCGAAGAGUAUCUCAAGACCAAAGGCAUAUACCUCGACGGGCAGAGCAGCUUUAUUGAAGUCGAUUCCAGUGUCCUCCCACUAGUCAAAGCAUCCAUUUCUACCAGCGAUGGGACCUCGAGUUCGGAUCGCAGUCCACUCGAAGCGACGCUGCGCACUCCCAGCCCGCUGCUGGGCGCCGAAGGCCUGACCGACCCUAUCAUUGACCCAUUCGUCGCGCAUGAACUAGGCGAAAUGUUUGCCCGACCAGGCACGUUAUUCCCGUCUGCCGCCUCCAACGCCGCGACCACCAACAACAACGGCAACAGUAACAGUGGCAGUUCCGCUUUCCAGAACCCUACAAAGUCUGCAGAUGAUCCGUGGGCCGACUUCGCAGCACUCAACCCGACUUCCUCACCGCCUACGUUCUCUGAUCUACUGGGCAGAAGACAGAAUCCUCUGACCUUUGACGUGGAGAUGUUUCUCGAGCGCAUGAUUCAUGGGAGCGCCUGCUUAGGCCGGGCGCCCGGGUUCAGAAAGGACACGAUCGACCAGGCUCUUGUGAUGAGUUUGCAAGAGGGUUUUUGA